UCGCCUCACUUAAAGAGCGGCAGAGCGACUUCCAAAAUUGCUUAAACACUGACUCGUCUGAGAAGGAAAUGCUUUGCAAACAUAACUUCCGCUAACACGCAAUACUUUUUCGCUGUCAUGAUGUGGCUGCCUUACAGAUGCACCUCAAAGUACGCAGUUACCGUCUUCAGAUCUUAUUUCCAUGUUUUGAGUCGAAGGAGAUGUAACAUAACGGCGUUCAUGCCCGAGGCUGCGGGCUUUGAAGGCGCGUCGAACCGCUCGGCCCUGCAGGAGUUUUCCGUCUCCAACAGUGAGAGCUUCUGGGCCGCUGUGGCGAACAAGAGACUGAGCUGGAUCCGUCCUUUCCACACGGUCCAAGACUGUGAUCUGAGCCGAGGCAUGAUAAAGUGGUUUGAGGGAGGAAAGCUGAAUGUGUCCGUGAACUGCCUGGACCGCCAUGUGCACACCUGUCCUGAGAGGGUGGUCCUGAUCUGGGAGAGAGAUGAACCGGGGUCAGAGGUCAAGGUCACCUACAGGCAGUUACUGGAGAUGACAUGUCGCCUGGGCAACCUGUUAAGGCGGCGUGGCGUGAAGAGGGGGGACUGCGUCACCAUCUACAUGCCUCCUUGUCCUCUGGCUGUGGCGUCCAUGUUGGCCUGUGCCCGUAUCGGUGCAGCACACAACGUGGUGUUUGCAGGUUUCAGUGCUGAGGCCCUCGCAGAGCGAAUCAGAGACGCCCAGUGUAGCACCGUCAUCACGGUAAACCAGGGCGUCAGAGGGGGUAAGGUCUCCGAGCUGAAGAAGACAGUGGAUACAGCCGUUCAGAGCUGCCCGACAGUACAGCAGGUGUUCGUUGCCAUGAGAACAGAGAAUCCGCUCGCCAUGACAGCCAAGGACGUUGCCAUGGAAGAGGAGAUGCUGAAGGAGGACACAGUGUGCGAGCCAGCUGCCAUGGACAGUGAGGACGUCUUGUUCCUGCUUUAUACAUCCGGCAGCACGGGGAAGCCCAAAGGACUCGUCCACACUCAGGCUGGAUACCUGCUGUAUGCUGCACUCACUCACAGGUACGUCUUCAGCUACCAUGACGGAGAUGUGUUCGGCUGUGUGGCAGAUAUUGGUUGGAUAACAGGACACAGUUACAGUGUCUAUGGGCCCCUGGCCAACGGGGGAACCACUGUCCUGUUUGAGAGCACUCCCAUUUACCCUGACCCAGGAGUCAGGACACACUCAUCAUGUGUGUCAUCAGCACACACACCUUGUUACUGUCAAGAUGAAACUGUCCUCAUCACCACUGGGCAGAAUGAAAAGCCCUCUGGUGUUAGUCGUAACUUCUCAGGAAGGUACUGGGAGAUGGUUCAGAGACUUAAGAUAAACCAGUUUUACGGGGCUCCCACAGCGAUACGCCUGCUGCUCAAGUACGGAGACCAGUGGGUGCACAAAUACGACCGCUCCACCCUCAAAACUCUUGGCUCUGUGGGUGAGCCCAUCAACACUGAAGCGUGGGAGUGGUACCACAGAGUGGUUGGGGAAGGACGCUGCCCUGUGGUGGACACCUGGUGGCAAACAGAGCAUGUGGCGCUUUCUCACACACGGUAUUUUUUGCCAUUUGUUGGGCGACCUGUAGGAGCUACAUACACAUCCAGGGUAUCAAAUGAAUGUUCUGCUCAAGCAGGAUCGAUUGAUGCCCCCACCACCACCACGUGGGAUGUACCGUUCUCAAGCUACAGACCUGUAAAGCAUGGGCGUGCUUUUGGUGACAGGAAUGUUGAUGAAUAUUCACUGUUUUUAUCAAUAUUUCAACGUUAUGUUAUUUGGAAUGUGGUUGUAUGGACAUAGUAAUAAUAGUGUUUUAAAGAUAACUAAAAGAUAAAUAAAAGUCAACAUUUAAACAGUAAAUAUUGCCAAAAUAUGAACAUUCGCCUGGUAUAUUUUGAAAAUAUUGUAUGAUAACUGUUGUAUUUUAGUUUAUUUUCAUCAUAUUUACAGUAACCAGGCGUCUUUCCUGGAAAAGGGCUGUUUUUUUCCAACAGGUUAACCAAAUCUAAUUUAUUGUAUUCACAUAGAACUUGCUUUUGUCUCUCAUGCUGUGACUCUUAUAGUAGCAUUUUUCAUCACUUUUUGACAGGAUCACAAUCCCUCCACAAAAGGCCCUUAAGUUCAUAAACUUUCUGUCAAAUGCAGCCACGUCUGCAGGCACAAAACAGCCUAUCAGUUGGCCUUAAAGGGGAGAGCAGUCUGCUCCGCCCUUCCAACAAUAAUAGUAUUACAUAACAUCGGGACUGUGGUCAAGUGUGCGCACACACAACAUUACAGUACGUGGGGGGAGGAGACACACACACACACACACACACAAAUAUAAAGUGAGGGGGUGUUUCUAUCCCCUCUGGACUCCAGAAUCAAACCAGAUGUUUUCCUCUCAGAAUUAAACAUCUGGUUUCAGGAGCAGCACACCAGAACCAGAAGCAUGAAGUAAACAGUCAACCUUUUUUUACUUGAUAUUGAACAAUUGUAACAGUCAACAUUGACACCAUUGCCAUACAGACUAAUAUGACUAAUAACACGCGGCAAUAAUUUAAUCCCAUCUUCACUGUUUUGUUUGUCAAAACUCUCACAUAAGCCAGUUGAAGAUGUUAUGAUCGUAGCAGCCAAAAGAGCCAUGUCACAAAAUGGAUCACGGUCGUCUGGAGAGACUCCGCUCAGCCUAUGCUCUUCCCACUUUCAGUUGAGUCUCUAUAGUACAGUUUGUACCCCGACCUGCUUGGAAACCUACAGAAAAUGUUAAUUUGUUCUUUAGUUUGUUUCCAUUUUGAGCACAGAGAAAUAAAAAAUAGAAUUGUUUGUUAAAAAAAAAUAGGGCUUGUAAAACUGUGACAGUAUAAUUACAGUAUUUGCACUGGGACACAACAGACUUGUCAAAUUUGUCCUUCACACUUAGUAUAACCUGUGAUGUCACUGCAAAAUAACUACAUAAUAAUAAAGUAGCUUAUGAUGGGACAUAAUGACAACAUGUUAGAAAUCAGCAGAUUUCACUAAUCGCAAAAUCACUUUCGCGAUGAACUGAUGACUGACACUGUGUUUCAUCCUCAGUCCCUUCAAAUUAGAUUGAGUAAUGACCAAAUGGAGGAAAAGCUGCAUUAAUUACCUUACAAAUGGCAAAAAUCUAUAAUUAAUUGACAAUAAUUAAACAUCAGAGCAUCAUGAGCUUGAGAAUUACAGACACAGAUAUGACCCAAAUACCCCACUUCAGUAAAAAGGAUUAUAUUUUUGUUAUUUUCCUGGACCAGUGUUUCCAAUUAGGACUAAGUGGCAUUAUUCAUAAAUGCCAUUUGGUUGAUCUGAGAGCAAGUAGCCUGUUUAGAGAGAAAAUUUUAUUUUGAUCUGCUGUUGGCAUACGGCCUCCAUUGGAUCAUACAGGACGCAGAGGGCAAGAAGAUACAGGAGGUGCUUUGUGGAAUUUUAAGGCAGAAGAAAAAAACAUAGUAUAUUUAUAAGUAUCCACAGGUUUAAAUUACUAGUUUGGUAUUUUGGGCAAUAUGCUCAUUUGAUUUCUUGCGAAGAGCUAGAGGUGAAGAUUGAUACCACUCUCACGUCUGUAUGCUAAACAUGAAGCUACAGCCAGCAGCUUGUUAGCUUAGCUUAGCUUAGCAUAGCAAGUGAAAACAGGGGGAAACAUCUAGUGUGGCUCUACUGAGGCUCAACUGGAGAAUGUUGGGUAAUUUCUUUGUGUGUGUGUGUGUGUGUGGUGUGGUGGGGGGGGGUGUUGUAGCCCAGAAGUCUCACGGUUACAGUUGAUCUGAGCAGGAUGCCAGUUGCUAAUGCUAUUGUGGGAUCAUCUGUUGUGUCCUACUUUAAAACGGGUCCCCUCUGCUGUGAACCAACACUACCAGGCGGAUUACGAGGGUCUCUGAGGUCCAGGCUAACCUAAUUUAAUUUAAUGUGCUUAGUAUGGCUGUAAUUCCACAAUCUACAUCUGUAGCAAUGAGAAGGGCUUAUAUUAGGUUUACAGUGUUAGCCAGCUCUGUCAUGUAUUAUAUUAUUAUUAUUUUCCUACUUGCUUCUCUGUCCCUUUCAUUUUAAUCAAAUAUUGAUUUGCAAUUAUGUUUUUGUGUUAAGGUUAAUUAUUUGGCUUUCUGGUAAGCGUUGCACUAUAUUAAUCUGGUCUUGACCAGUCUGUGUAGAACUGUGUGAAGGUUCAUCUAUUCUCAGUCUUUUACAUUCAUGAGACAUUUUUAAUUCAACAUCUUUUGUAAAAGCACAUCACUUUGUCUAUUAUAUUAUGAGACUUUGUCUUAAGUCUCAUAAUAUUAUAUAUAGUCUUAUUAUCAAAACACAACAAUAAACAGGGUUCACACUCGAUGAUAAACUCACCUUUGAGCCUUGAAACUAUUCUUUCUUUUGCCCUUGUGAGCUGGUUUGAGUCCCUCACUCUUAAAAACCAAAACAGGCUGCAAUAUAUAGUUAAGGUGUGUGGCAAAAUUUCCCACAAUCCUCUGACUAACCUAAAUUCUGUAAAUGAGACAAGGACCCUCAAGAAGGCACAAUCAGUCCUGUCUGACCCAAGUCACCCCCUGAACAGCUGCUUCAUUUUGUUGCCAUCUGGCCGCAGAUUCAGUCUGCCUAAAUGCAGGACAGACAGACACAAAAACUCUUUUGUCCCUGCUGCUAUAGGCUUUUUUAAUAAUUCAGUGUGAGAUGUGGACUUCUGUGUAGUAUGUAGUUUCUUACUGAUGUUGGCUUGUUUUGUAUAACCUAUGUGUUAUUUAUGUUACAUACUGCUGCACAACGAAUUGCCCCCCAGGGAUAAUAAAGACUCCUUGAACCUUC